AUGAAGUUCAGCAUCCUCGCACUUUCUGGCCUGGCUGCCAUUGCCGCCUCCCAAACUGCCACGGGCUCUCCUGCCACCGAGACAACUUCGUCCUUGUCUCCAGAGGCUUCUUGCGCUACGAACUGCGAGUCUGCCGAUGUGUGCUGCAAAGCCAAGUGCUACAAAGUGCCAUGCCCCAAUAACUCCAUGGCCAACGAUACCACCGCCUGUGUCGCCGCCUGUCCGCAAGGAAAUGGAAGCCCUGCCGACACUGACAGGUACGCCAGCUGCGAACAAUCGUGCUACAACUCGGACUUCUUCCCAGCCACUGGCUUGGUUGCUGAAAUCAGCGCCAGUGCUGCCAGUGCCGCCAGUGCCGCCAGUGCCGCCAGUGCUUCUGCCAGCGAGGCCACUGCUACGGGCUCCUCUGCAUCUGAGUCUGGCACUGCCAAGAGCACAGGCUCCUCGUCCACCGGCUCUACCAGCUCUACCGCUAGUGGUAGCAGUGCUACUGCGAGCCAUACGGGUGCUGCCAGUCAAAUUGGCGUUCAACUUGGAGGUGCUGGUAUUGUUGGCGCCAUUGUUGCUGCUAUCAUGCUAUGA